AUGGCCGAGCUCGAAGAGAUGGCAGCACUGAGAGCCAAAGGUGUUCUUCAGGAGAUCGAGGAUACAGUGAUGCCAAGUGGUGCUCAGGCGAUCAGGACGAUGUGGGUAUACGCGUACAAGACCGACGCUCAAGGAUUCAUCAUUCGAAUCAAGGCAAGGCUGGUCGCACUCGGAAACUGGCAGCGUCCUGGAAUCGAUUUCGUGGAAACGUUCGCACCGGUGGCUCGGAUGUCGUCUUUUCGACUGCUACUGGCCACAUCGGUUGAGCUAGGACUCACAGUCUACGGUGGAGACAUCAAUACUGCGUAUCUAAACGCUAAGCUAGAGAUCGAGCAGUACGUUCGGCAGAUAGAAGGAUUCCCGUGUGAAAGCCAAGGUCAUGUCUACGUGGUGAAGAAAGCCCUCUACGGCUUGCGGCAGUCUGGACGCGAGUGGAACUCGGAGAUCAACGGGUGGCUCCUCGAACGUGAUUUCCAGCGGUGCUCUACAGAGCCAUGCCUCUACUAUAAGCUGGACGGAGAGCGCAUCGUGUUCGUCUUGGUGUAUGUCGAUGACAUACUCUGUGCCACCAACGACGAAGCCUUUAAGGUCCAUUUCUUCCACGACCUGGAUGCUGCGUACGGCUUGAAGGAUCAAGGGGAAGUGCAUGAGUAUCUCGGUGUUGAAGUCACACAGACUGGUGAAGCAAUCUGCAUUUCUCAGCGUAAGUACGCUCGUGAAAUCCUCGGCAAGUACGUGCACGACGACACCAAGCACUGUGGAAACCCAAUGGAAACUAAUGCCGGACUCGCUCCAGCAACCAAGAAUGACAAUAUCGACUCGAUAUUGUCAUUCUUGCUAAGUCGGUUCGUUGCCAAGCCUUCCUCGAAGCACGUCGGGGCGAUCAAGCGUGUGCUUCGCUAUUUGAUCGGCACGUGCGACUACGGCAUCAAGUACACCAAGCGUGGAAGGGAUGAAUCGGAUCGUGUAAUUACGCUGAGCGGGUUCUGCGAUAGUGAUUGGGGAAGCGAUCCAGAGACGCGGAAGAGCACUAGUGGCUCAGUGUUUACGCUGGCGGGUGGUGCAGUGGCGUGGAUGUCACGCCGUCAACCGAUCAUCGCCUUGUCCACGGCAGAGGCCGAGUACGUGGCAGCGUGUGAGGCCAGUAUGGAGGCGAUGGCCGAGAGCAAUAUCCUCACAGAGAUAUUGCCAUCCUACACAAUCAAGCCGGUCAUCGGAAUCGACAGCAGUGCCGCGCUCACGAUGGCCACAAACCCAACGUACAGCAGACGCACACGCCACAUCGAACUUCGCUGGCACUACGUGCGCGAGCAAGUACAGCGUGGGUCGAUCGCGCUGGUCAAGGUCCGUGGAGAAGAGAAUCCAGCUGAUGCUUUCACGAAGCCGCUGGACAAGACGCGUCUCGAGUCACUCGGCGCGUUGAUGGGCAUCACUACGGUGGCCUGA